AUGGCGUCUCCCAUUGCUUCCGCCGCCCUGCGGGCUCGUGUCAAGCGCCCGUCGUUGCUUAAGAAGCUCACCAAGCCCCAGGAUCUCCUACACCACUUCCCCAAUGGCGCCUACAUCGGCUGGUCCGGCUUCACCGGCGUCGGAUACCCCAAGAAGAUGCCCACCUUUUUGGCAGACCACGUCGAGCAGAACAGCCUCCAGGGUCAGCUCAAGUACAGUCUGUUUGUCGGUGCCUCCUCUGGCGCCGAGACCGAAAACCGCUGGGCCAGUCUCAACAUGAUUGAGCGUCGCAGCCCUCAUCAGGUGGGAAAGGCCAUUUCCAAGGGUAUCAACGAGGGUAGAAUCCACUUCUACGACAAGCACCUGUCACAAUUCCCCGUCGAUCUCGUAUACGGCUUCUAUACAAAGGACCGCCCGAACAAGAACCUCGAUGUCGUUGUAGUCGAAGCUACCGAGAUCAAGGAGGAUGGCAGCAUUGUCCCUGGCGCCUCCAUCGGUGCCACCCCGGAGCUUGUUCAGAUGGCAGACAAGAUCAUCAUCGAGGUCAACACCUCGUUGCCCAACUUUGACGGUCUUCACGACAUCACGAUGACCGAUUUGCCCCCGCGCCGCAAGCCCUACCUCAUCAUGGGCGUUGAGGACCGUAUCGGAACUACCUCCAUUCCCAUUGACCCUGAGAAGGUCGUCGGCAUCAUCGAGUCCGACUAUCCCGACCAAACCGGGCCCAACACGCCGGAAGAUGACGGCUCCAGGGCCAUCGCAAGGCACUUGAUUGAGUAUUUUGAGCACGAAGUCAAGCACGGGCGCCUUCCCAAGAACCUGCUACCCCUGCAGUCCGGUAUCGGCAACAUCGCCAAUGCCGUCGUGGGAGGCCUCAAGGACAGCAACUUCUGGAACCUCAAGGUCUGGACCGAGGUCAUUCAGGACACCUUCCUUGACCUUUUCGACACAGGCCACCUCGAUUUUGCGACCGCCACUUCGGUCCGUUUCUCUCCCGAAGGCUUUAAGCGCUUCUACGACAACUGGGAAAACUACCAUGACAAGCUUCUCCUCCGCAGCCAGCAGGUUUCCAACUCCCCCGAAAUCAUCCGCCGGCUGGGUGUUAUCGCCAUGAACACUCCCGUAGAAGUGGACAUCUACGCCCACGCCAACAGCACCUGCGUUUUGGGGUCCCGCAUGCUCAACGGCCUCGGCGGUAGCGCAGAUUUCCUGCGCAACGCCAAGUACAGCAUCGUCCACACUCCCUCCACUCGCCCAUCAAAGACGGAUCCUCACGGAGUGAGCUGUAUCGUUCCGAUGGCGUCCCACGUAGACCAGACGGAGCAUGAUCUUGAUGUUAUCGUGACCGAGCAAGGCCUUGCGGACGUCCGCGGCCUCAGCCCCCGCGAGCGCGCACGCGUAAUCAUCAAGAAGUGCGCUCACCCCGUGUACCAGCCUAUUCUCCUGGACUACUUUGAAAAGGCCGAGUUUGAGUGCCUCCGGAAGGGUAUGGGCCACGAGCCUCACCUGCUCUUCAACACCUUUGACCUCCACAAGGCCCUGGUCGAGGAAGGCAGCAUGCAGAAGGUGAAGAGCUUCAAAUAA